AUGUCGGCUCCCUCAACCGCAAGAACUGGUCUCGUCGGUGCCCCAGCCUGUGGCGAUGUCAUUCGCCUCGACAUUCAAGUGGACGAAGCGACCGGAAAAAUCACAGAGACCCGUUUCAAGACCUUUGGCUGCGGAUCGGCCAUUGCCAGCUCGAGCUAUCUCACAACCCUCCUGAAGGGCAAGACCCUGGACGAAGCUUCCAAGAUUUCCAACACCCAGAUUGCUUCUGAACUUUGCUUACCACCCGUCAAGCUGCACUGUUCCCUCCUUGCCGAAGAUGCCGUGACCGCGGCUAUUAAAAACUACCGAUCGAAGAGAAUCGCACCCGCCACAGACCUCGCCGGAACCGCCAAGGAGCUUCCCAAGGAAGCUAUGCAAGCGUGA